ACAGUUUUAUUUAAUAUUUAUAUUGAACAAAUAAAGUUAGAUGGAAAUGCAGAAUUUCUGGAGGGAAAAAAAAGUACGUAGAACGCCUUUUCUGUGCAAAUUGAAAAAUCAAAGAGAGAAAAAUGUUCUCCUCCAAAUUCUCGUGGCUAAUCACGGUGGCGAUCACAGCGGCGCUACUGUUGGCAACCAUCACGGAUGCCCAAACGACGUCGUGUGCUUCUAAACUAGUCCCCUGUGCACCUUUCCUCAACUCAACGUCGAAACCAUCGGCUUCUUGUUGUGACCCACUAAGAGAAGCCGUGACUAAAGAUCUUCAAUGUAUCUGCAAACUUUACGAAAAUCCGGCUUUAUUGCCUUCUCUCGGUAUUAAUGUUACUCAAGUUAUUGCACUUCUCAAAAACUGUAACAUUCCUGGAGAUGUUAACACUUGUAAAGCUGGUGAUCCAAGUUCUCCUUCUCCUUCUAAAGGAACGUCACCAGGUAAAUGUGAUUGAAUUGAAUUGCUCAUUGUUUCAAUUUUGUUACCACAGAGAAGGUCUGUCUGCGUAUACUCUCUUCUCCUCAUAUCACAUUUUGUGAAAAAAUAUUGAGUAUGUAAUGAUAUUGAAUCACUAAGUUCCUGGAGGUCAGGAAUGAUUCAUCUUGCCAAAUGUUAAUGUCUUCUACGUCGCA